AUGGCUUCAUCUUUGCACAAAACCAGUGUCAACAAGGUUCAAGAAACAGAUGGGUCCUACUUCGAGAGUUUCACGGCGCUGUCGUGGCGUCAAGAGAACCGGCGCCUGGCCGCCCUCAGGCUGGCCGAAGCUAGGGCGGAGCGCCCGCCGCCCGCCCCACACGACCUGGGGCUCCCCAGCGUGUCCGCUCAGCUCUCGCACAAAGAACAUGAACAUCUUUAUACUGAAGUAAGUAAACUAAGGGCCAGUUUGGUAUAUGAGGUCGAGAGAACCGGGCUUUGGGCGCCUUCAGGCUGGCCGAAGCUAGGGCGGUGCGCCCUCCACCCGCCCCUCACGACCUGUGGCUGCCCAGCGUGUCCGCUCAGCUCUCGCACAAAGAACAUGAACAUCUUAAUACUGAAGCUGGCCGAAGCUAGGGCGGUGCGCCCGCCGCCCGCCCCUCACGACCUGGGGCUGCCCAGCAUGUCCGCUCAGCUCUCGCACAAAGAACAUGAACAUCUUUAUACUGAAGUGCUAUACUGCAUUGAAAACGCAGUGGGCGCUCCAGCACCCGGCGGCCAGUUCGCUUCAUACAAGGAUGAGGUGAUCGAGUACGCCCGCCGCGCGUUCCGCGUGUCUCCCGAGAUGCACGCGCGUGCAAUGCGCGCGGCCGGCAGCGAGCGCCCGCCUACUGUUGUGCUGGGCUGCUCGGUGCUGGAAGCAGAUGGACUGGAGGCCAAAGACGCUAACGGUUUUAGCGACCCGUACUGCAUGUUGGGUAUCCAGCCAGCUUCCCUACCAGCAUCGCCACGGGCCUCAGAGGACGAAGGCCGCAAGCACGGAUUCAGGCUGAGCUUCAAGAGGCGGGACGGGCGCCAGCAACGGGACAGCCUGGGACGACUCCCAGCGCGCUACAUCCGCGCGACCAGCGUCAGGCCCCACACACUCUCGCCUAAGUGGAACGAGACUUUCAAAUUUGACAUCGACGAUAUAUCGUCGGACGUGCUUCACCUGGACAUCUGGGACCAUGACGACGAGAGCUCGGUGCUGGACGCGGUGUCCCGCUUGAACGAGGUGCGCGGCGUCCGCGGUCUGGGACGGUUCUUCAAGCAGGUCUGCCAGAGCGCCCGCCAGGGCAGCCAGGAUGACUUCCUUGGUUGUGUCAACAUCCCUCUCCGCGAAAUCCCGUCCACCGGGGUCGAGGCGUGGUACAAGCUGGAAGCGCGCUCGCAGCGCUCUUCGGUGCAAGGCCGCAUUCGCCUGCGCCUGUGGCUGUCGGCCCGCGAAGCCGGCCGGCAUGAUGAUGACAACUGGCAACAGGUUCGCCAACACGAGCGCCUAUUCGGGGUGCUGCUCGCUCACGAGGUGGAGACAGCGGCGUGCGGCGCGGCGAGCGGCGCGGAGAGCGACGCAGGCGCAUGGGAGGGCGAGCUCGGCGGCGCGGCGCAGACGCUGCUGCACCAGCACGCCAUACAGGGGGAUAUGAGUGCGCUGCAGGCCGCCAUCGCCCGAUUCGCUGCUGCCUGCCGCUUGAACAGUGAUGCUCCGCUGGAUCCCAAAUACAUGUACAAGCUGCUUACCGAGCUGGAGCGUGCUUGGUGCGCGAGCGAAUGCUCAAGCAGCAGCAGUGGCAGCGGCAGCGGAGACUCGGGCGGCGUAACGCGUGAUGAGGAGCGCUGGCUCGCCGACUGCUUCGGCGAGUUCGUGGAGCGUGCGCUGCACCAGCUGCGUUUGCACCGGGACCUGUACCCCGUGCUGCACCACUACAGCCUCAACAAGCUGGAAUUCCUGCUGCGAUGUUUAAGUCAGCUGUCACAAAUGAAAGCGUUCUGGAGAUGUUGUCCCUUCAACAAGGAAAUCAGGACAGAGAUAGUGGGCAGCCUGCGUAAGGGUACAGCGGAGUGGUACGAGGCUUUAUGUGCCCAGGACACGGAGUCGGAGCGUGGUGAGGACCUCGUGAAUCUCAUCACCCUCGUGCAAAUCGAUCUGCAGCAGGGCCUGACUUACUACCACCCGCUUUUCGAGACGACUAACAAUGUGCCAUACUUCAGUGUUGUCUUCACACAAAUUGAUAAGAUGGUGUCGGAAGAUGUGCGGCAGUGCGUGGAGCACUGGGUGGCCGAGGGCUGGUGCGGCGUCGCCGAGGAGGAAGUGUACGACGAACAGGGAAAUGGAGUAUGUAUUGUGUCGGCAAAGACGCUCCCGUUUGAGGUGCUAUCAGCGGUGCGCGAGCUGUGCGCAGCGGCUGCGCCCGCGCCGCCUCCUCACCUCACACACGACCCGCCGCCGCAGCUGCUCGACGCUUACAAGUGGUUCGAGCCCCUGGUGGACCGCUGGCUGGCCGUUACCAAGACUAUGGCGCUGCAAAGGGUCCGGGCGGCUGUCGAACUCGAUCGCCCCGUAGAGGGGGAACACCUCGUGAAGCACAGCACCUCAUCGGUGGACACAGCGGCUUGCCUCUACCACAUGCGACUGGUGUGGCGCGCCAUUGGUGGCUCCGAGGAGGGUACCGGCGGUGGCAGCCUCCGCUUGCUGGAAGCGGCCUGCGCCACCGCGCUGCAUUACGCCGACCUCGUGCACGGGGCGCUGGCUGACCAGGGAUACUACGAGAACCACGGUCAAAACAAGACCACCGAAGAGAUCUGCACGAUCGUGAACAAUCUGGAGUACGUGCGCCGCUCGCUCGCCGAGUACGACGACGAACACAUGUUUAGCAACAGAACAGACCACAUGAGCAGUGCCGAUGAGAACGCCCGGCAGCUGGUGCGUGGAGCCCUGGGCACGCUGGACGCACGUUCAGCCCGCGCCGCCGCGCCGCUUGCCGCACGCUCCCGCCCGCCACUCAGGAAGGCGGUGUUCCAUCUGGCCUGGUCACCGGACACGUUGCCGACGGCACAGGCAAUAACUCCUCUUCUGGAGUACCUGGAUCAGCACCUCUCGUCCCUGAACACGUGGCUGCUGCCGCGCGCCUUCACCAGAGCCCUGGCUGGGUACUGGAGCGCCGUGCUGAAAGAAGUCUCCACCCAGGCCGACGCGGGUGGCGCGGAGAGACCCAGGGUCUACCACCACAGGCUGCGGGAAGCCCUUGACUUACUCGCUGACUUCUUUCAUGCCGAAGGAAAAGGUUUGCCGAUGCAGGAGGUGCAUAACGUAGAAUGGGGCCGUGUGGAACAAAGGAUGCAAUAUCACCAGGCUCCAACGGAGGAAUUACUGGAAGGGUGGCUCGCCGAUAGAAUAACCGAACAGUUGCGCACUCCGCUGCCCUCACCAUACGGGUCUAUACUAGUGAGGGUAUAUUUCAACCAUGACUCGCUAUGCGUGGAAGUUCUGUCAGCUCGCGACGUCAUUCCUCUCGAUCCAAAUGGUCUCAGCGAUCCAUUUGUAGUUUUGGAGCUUCUUCCAAAACGUCUCUUUCCGAAAGCACAUGAGCAAACCACGAAUGUCCAAAAGAAAACUCUUAAUCCGGUGUGGGACGAGUGCUUCGAGUUCAGCGUGUCAUUGGAAGCGUGCCGCUCUGCGCAGGCGGCUUUGUCGCUUUCGGUGUGGGACCGUGACGUGCUCACCGCGGACGACUUUGCCGGCGAAGCCUUCGUGUCGCUGGCCAGGAUACCAGGCGUCAACAGCCACGCGCCGCCCGACCCCUUGCGUCCGCUCGAACUACCUUUGAUGCAGCUUCACGAUCGGAAUCACUCCAUCUUACAAAUCCUGGAAUCACGUACCACUGACAAGAUGGCCAUGGAUUUCGUUAAGAAACAGAAGCUACGAUUUGCCGAACAGUAAACUGAUUUGUAUCGUCUUUGUCAGAUAACUUUUUUAUUGUUGAUUUACGUUAUUUCUAUUUGCACACUCGUCCAAUAUAAUGUCGACAAUAUAUUAAAAUAAUUUACAAAAAGAGUUCAUAUUUUUAAAUCAAAAUUUAGUUUUAUGAGUAUUUAUAUUUACCUAUUUAUUAUGUAUAUUGAGAUAUAUUGACAGAUCAGUAUUAAUUAAUGUAAAAUUACUACAAAGACUGUGUACUUAAUCCUUCUUCAUGAGAGAAUAUUAAUCUUACGUAUAAUUGUGAAUGUGUACUUUCCAAACUUUUGUAUGUGUAUAGUUAGUAUGCACCCUCUGAGCUUAUGUCCCUAGUCGUUAGUCUCUAUUAGAAAUUCCCGACCAAGUACUUUAAGACUCGUUGUUAUCCAAUGUAAUAUCAUUCCUUUAGAUUUUACACUAUCAAAGCACCUGUGGUCAAAUUCGCUCGUCUGAAUAAUUCUGCACAAAGCUUUAACACGCAGGUCACAUCCGCUUCAAAUGCAUAUAUUCGUCAAAAUAAAUACCUUCUAUAAUCUUAACAUUUCUCCUUUACUUCCUCACAAAAUAAUGUUUAUUGAAUGAUUGAUCACAAAUUUUUUAAGACAUUUUACCUGAGUCCUAACGUUUUUGUAAUAUUUACUAUUUUAUAUCCUUAUAUUUACUAUUGAGCUUGCUACACCUAUUUUAUAAAAAAUAAUAUUAUCNCACUGACGAUAUAUAUUUUAUGUUUUUAUUGAAAUCUUUAUAUUGU